GAUGACGACGACGACGCUUAUGGCGGCUCUGAACCCGUUGCUGGUGCGUACAAUUUCGUUCCUCUGCGCGCGAGGCCACCGCCGACGCCUGGGCCUCGGGCUUGCGGUCCCGAGCGGCAGGGCGUGGUGCAGUGGGGCAAGUCGACUCGACCGGAUAGUCCAUCGUCCUCGGCGGACAGUUCCGCGCUGAGAGGAGUGCUGAGCGUGAAGGACCUGCCGAAGUACCCUCGCUGGGACGACCCUGACUACUUCAAGUGGAAGGAUGAGGAACGGGAGGUUUUAAACGACAUCGAGCCCGUCGUUUUACUGGCCAAGGAGAUUCUGCACUCGGAUAGGUAUAUGGAUGGUGAGCAGCUGACGGAGGAAGAUGAAAAGGUUGUGGUGGAAAGGCUUCUUGCUCAUCAUCCACACUCAGAGGAUAAAAUUGGCUGCGGAAUUGAUUCUAUCAUGGUUGAUCGGCAUCCCCAAUUUAAACACUCGAGGUGCCUCUUUGUCAUAAGAACUGAUGGUGUAUGGAUAGACUUCUCCUACCAGAAGUGUCUCCGAGCAUAUAUCCGAGAUAAGUGCCCAUCCCAUGCAGAUAGAUUCAUUCGGGAACAUUUUAAAUGCGGUAGUGGCUAAACGUGCAUUAAUCCUUCCUAACGCUUGUAUUGGGGUUUAAUUUUGCUUUGGUAAUUACAAAUGCGUAUGAAAUGAUAUUCAAAUUAUCCCUUGGAAGGGGGAUGUCUUUCGUUUUUCAGACCUCUAGUGACCCACAUAUAACCUAGAUCUACAAAAUGUCAAUGUAGUAGAUAAUCCUUGACUGAAACUCACAUGUAUCUUUAAGAAUGACAAUGAAGAAAAUGAUUGAAGUUAACUUCACUUUGUUGACUUGCAUCUACUUUCCUUGGCUUUGAACAUGUUUAUUUUAUUUUAUGACUUUUGGUUUUUUCUGUCUUUCCUAGGACCUGCUUCUACUGGGGUGGUUGAUUUACUUAGCUUUGUACCUGUAAGUCCUCAAAGCUCAUUAGAAAACAACCUGGCUCUCUCUCAUUGAUUAGAAGCUUUGUCAAUCGUUUUAGCUUAAUUAGAGAAUUUAGAUGGAGGAAAAUAUGUGAGUCCUUUGUCGGGCAUUCAAGACCUGUGCCAAUAUAGUCCAUCAGUCCGAAGAUGUUCAAUGUGGUGAUCAAUGAUCUUGUAGUUUUUUGGCUGACCUUCAAUGGAGAUAAUAACAUUCCACUGUGACAAAUGUUGAUGAUGGGAAUUUGUGUC